AUGGACGGAAGGGUGUUUCCAGAGGAAAAGUGGCAAGAGAUUCUCGGUACCCCGGCAACGGCGUCAGAGAAGAUGCGGGAGUUUAUCCUGUACUUCGUCAAGAAGGACAAGACGAAGAAGAGAUCGACCAAAAAUAAGAUCUUCUCCAUCCCGGCUGUAAACACAGAGAACAAGUCGACGAGGAGCAAGGGGAGGUCGUCAAAGCUGAAGGAUACAGUUGGCAACGCCUACGCGGGGGGGCAAGAGAUGAAGUCGGUGAGGGAAUGGAGGACUCCAGAAUAUCUGUAG